AUGGUCGGUAAAGAUUGUAUAGCAAUAGCCUGUGAUUUACGUUUAGGAAAUCAGUCAUUAGGGUUAUCGAAUAACUUUGAAAAGAUUUUCCAACUUGGAGAUAAAACAUUUUUAGGAUUGACAGGGUUGGCAACAGAUGUAAUUACAUUAUCAGAAACAUUUAGAUUCAAGAACAAUUUAUAUAAGUUAAGAGAAGAAAGAGAAAUUGAGCCAACGACAUUGGCAAACUUGGUCAGUUCUACAUUAUACGAAAAGAGAUUCGGGCCUUAUUUUGUUGGUCCAAUAGUAGCAGGAUUGGAUUCGAAGACCAACAAACCAUUUAUCUGUGGAUUUGAUUUGAUCGGAUGUAUUGAUUUUGCUAAGGAUUUCAUAGUCAGUGGGACUGCAUCUGAUCAAUUAUAUGGUAUGUGUGAAUCGUUGUAUGAGCCAAAUUUGGAACCAGAAGAUUUAUUUGAAACUAUCAGUCAGUCCUUAUUAAAUGCAGUCGACAGAGAUGCUUUGUCUGGUUGGGGUGCCGUUGUUUAUAUUGUUACCAAAGAUAAUGUUACUAAGAGAGUUUUGAAAACUCGUCAAGAUUAA